AACCACUACUCAUUGUGCAGAUCUUUUGUUCAAGAACCAAAAAAUUGGUUAAGAAGUACACUCAUUGAUGCUCAAAACGUUAAAAGAGUGACCGUUGCCGUCACGUACACAAUAGCAUCCUUUUGUUCCAUACAACCACCCAGCUCGUUUUGUGACGAUAAAAUUGGUGUCUAUGUAUGGGAAUCCGAUUUGAAGGUCACGUCUGACAACAUUCCGAAUCCCCUGACCAGUAACAGUUCCUACAGAGAAAUCGCUACCAUAAGCGGUCUGGCAAGCGUCCAAACAGUCUUUCCGAUAACUCUUCAGCUCAAAGGCAAAUAUCUUGUUCUCAGUUUUCUCGACCAAGGUGGCUGUAAAGUUUUGUAUUCCGUUAGGAUCACUUAUAACAUUUGUCCCUCAACAACGCUUCAGGGCAGUUUGGUCCAUUUACAGGAGACUUUAGCUCCAUUAAGUGCCUUAAAGUCAGUUCAAGUGAAAGGAAUGUGUGCUGCGGACUCUUUCCGUAUUCAGGGAAGUUUGAAUGUAUCUUGUGAAAGCAGUGGGCAGUGGAAUGUCAGUCAAUUUGAAGGGAAAUGCGUCUGCAAGGAAGACAUGGAAAAUAUUGGUGGGACAUGUUCAGGUAUGCCGAUGCGGUAAUAACGCCCUUAAAGACUAUAUUUACCUGAUGGCAGUAAUAUUCUAGACAUACGAUGAUAGACAUACUAUACGCUACUUUUGACCGCCAAUAUAAGUGUGUCCGUAUGGAUAUAUAGGCAUAACUUGGUCUUUCAGCAAUCAGUAGUGCGUAGUAAAUUUAAGCUUUCACUCUUAAUUUAAAGCGGACCCCGUUUGGAUUGUUUUACGGACAAAAAAAUGGCAGAAUAAAAAGUAAACAAUGUGAAAACUCUCACCAAGGUUGCAAAACAAUGUGUGAAUAUGUAGUCGUGUACGGGAAAAUUUUACCGAACUCUAUACCUGUUUGGGAGGCUGAAGCAGCCGAUGAAUUGCUCUGUGACUCUAACCGACUAAUAAUAAAAGACUGGGUUGCAGGCAGCCUAAGGUGUAGAAUGUCAGCGACGCAGUUAUGAUAUAACCAGAUAAAGGUUGAAAGUUUAAUAUACUUUUGAAUGGCUUAAAAGCCCUUUUAAAUUACAAAUACUAUGUAUAUUUUAAUUUUCUUCUUUUGCUUUUUUUCUCCUUCAUUCCAGCUUGUUCACUGGGUACUUAUAAUGACGCAAAGGGGCUGAACUGUACAGGUGUAUAAUUGAUUCACUUUUUGCUAUGCAAUGAUUUAUUCUGAAUUGAUCCAAAACAAUUUUCAGUCAGUCAAACAGUCAGUCAGUGAGUCACAGUUUUGGCAAUCAGUCAAUCAAUCAGUCAAUCACUCACUCAAGCACUCACUCUCUCAAUCAAUCAAUCAGUUAGUCAUGCAACCAACCAAUGGAUCAACCGAUCUGCACACAAUAAAUCGAUCAAUAGUACUAUUGACUGAUUGAUUGAAUCAGUCAGUUAAAAAACAAUGAAUUCAAGAAAAAAAACCAAUCAGUUAUUCGCUCAUGACAAUACAUUCGUUCAUACGACGUGGACCCUAAGAAUACGUGGCUAAAAGAAGAGUAAGAAUUAAGACCUUCGUUUUCGAUUUUGUUGUCUUUCAGAAAGGUAACAUCGUUCGAAUGUUCUCUCUCUAUCUUGUAUUCCUUUUUUUUUUUUUUUUCUCAUUUAGUCAUCCCAUCACACCCGAGAAAUGCUAUUACGCUUUUUGUAAACCAAAGUUCAGCUACGAUAAGCUGGCUGCCUCCCGCCAUGACUGGUGACCAGGUAUUUUACGAAGUUGAAUGUCGACGCACUUGCGAAAUUGAUGGCAGAGACUGUACUGAAGAAAUCUGUGGUGGUAAUGACAAUACAGACUUCGUAUUUAUGAACAAAAGUUACGCGACUAUAAUGACAAUUCCAGGGACAACGGGUUUGCUUUCUCCGUUUGUAAACUACACUUGUAAGAUCAUGGCCAAGAACAGAGUCAGUGAGGUUGCUGUAAGAAAACACAAGGUCGAAGCAAGUAGCACCAGGAUAACCUUCAAAACAAACGGAUCUGGUAAGCCAGUUUCUUUGUUUACAUGUGAUACGACAAAAUCUCCCAUUGACGUUUAUAUGUGAUACGACAAAAUCUCCCAUUGACUUAAACGACAUUAUAUGAACGAUAUGAACGGGUAUUAAUUAAAAAGUCUAUUCGCGUGGAGUACAUGCACGUAUGUUAAUAUCGGAGGGGUGGACUAUUAUUAACGUGGGGUACAGUUGAAAAGAUGCGAAGGGUGCAGCAACCGUCAGGUCGGUCACUCAAGUGUCAUCUUUAUAAUCAUAAAUGUCGCCUGAUUAUCCAUACUGUUGCUUUCUUCACAACAGUUCCUGGUAUACCGGAAGUAUAUGUACAGCAAGCUGAAGAUGGUGCUACCAUGUUGUCAUGGAAACUGAAAUGCAAAAAUGGCAUAAUCGAGAAAUACAUGGUGACGUACUUUGAUAUGGGUGACACUUCUGACGAAGAAACUUUGACAACCCCAGAAACAGAACAACGGAUUCAAAAAUUAAGUGCCGGAAAAACGUAUGAAUUUCAGGUAAGCUUUUUUAAAGCUUUUGUAAAGGAACCUGGAACUUAAUUUUUGAAUAUAAAGGGCAGACUGGCUUACUGGCUGUUGACUUGUUUGAAGGACUGACAUCGAUCAUCAUCAUGAUUUUGAUCAUGAUCAUCAUCUUCAUAAUCAUCAUCACCACCAUCAUCAUCUCUCUCUUUCUCUCUCUCUCUCUCUCUCUCUCUCUCUCUCUCUCUCUUUCUCUCUCUCUCUCUCUCUCUCUCUCUCUCUGAACACAUCGUAUUGCCCUGGCAUAGGGUUGAAACCGUAACUUCCUGCUUCGCAGAUCAGCCCUCAUCAAUUUAGCUAACCGGGCGAAUUCCUAACCGCCUGACUGGUUUAUUCUAUCAACUCAUUGGGUAGUGCCUACUACCUGGGUGGGAGGUGGCUAUGUUCUUUUGAAGUUAGUCAACAAAAUGCCUCACUGAUUGGAUUAUUUUAUUUUUGUAGGUAACUGCCGUCAACAACUUUGGACAAGGGCAUCCAGGCGUAAAGAGAUUUACAAUUCCGAACGGUUUGUGAACUAACUGUUAAACUUUAUUUGAAAUGACUUUGAAACUGUUCAACUCACAUUUUUAGGUAUGAUCGGCAUCACAUUAAAUAAAAUUGCCGAUCAUCAUCCACUUUUAGCGCUUCCAGGGUUUUGCGUUUGUCCAAGCUCGGGCCAAUGUGGAGGUCUGCCCUUACCUUUAAACAGGAAAUAAGAAAGAAAUAUUCCGUAAAUCCAGCAUUGAAGGUUUUAGCACACAAUGCAUACAGAGUCUCUUGUACCGGUAUGUUCUGGGGUACGUUGAUGAAAGUGCUUAUUUCUACUAAUUAACUCUUUUAAUAAUGUAGGAAGUAGCCAGUUAUCAACCAAGGACAAGAUGGUGAUUGCUGGCGCCGCGGGAGGAGGAGGCUUGUUGUUACUUAUACUCGUAAUCGUCAUCGUUGUCAUCUUUCGCUUCAGAAGGUACUAUUCUAUUUGCCCUGCUCCUUAGAACUCAACUUGAAGUCACAUGAUUGCUUGAGUGCGGAAGCUUCCCUAUGCUUAUCACUCGCAUUGCCUAUCACUCACCUUUGUGAAAGUAUAUUCUAUGGAAUGAAAUUCUUUGGUUUCACUAACUGCAAUGAUACCUCUCCAGAAAUAUUUUGACAUGACCCUAUGUAUUUAUUUAUUUAUUUACAAACUUGCCAUGUACUAUUUAUUAAUGUGCUAUGUAAUUUUACCUCUUUUUUUUUUUUUUCAUGGCAGAAAUCUCGUGGUGUGACUAUAAAAAUUAAACCUCCACUGAUUCAGUUGCAUCGUGCCGCUUUUAUCUUUUGUUGUGCUAGGAGAAAUUUAAGAUUAUUAUUGAACUUACAUUUAUUACGCUCAUAGUUGAAUUGUUUUGUAGGAAGGUUACAUCUCUUUUAGGAAGGUAUUAAGUCUUAAACGUUUCGCUUUUUGUUAUUUCAGGGGCAGUCGAAGAAACAUAGAGAAAGAAUAUAUGCGUACUAUAGAGCAAGGUAUUAACAAAUUAAAUAGUUGUCCUUUCCCACGCAUUACAUCUUACUCAGUCACUUAAAUCAAAUUCCUCUCCAACAGGAACUGAUCUACAAUCAAUGGAUCAGCGACGUUAUAUCGACCCAGGAAACUACCUUGAUCUCAUGGAAUUGCUGUCAACAUUUACAACAGAAAUCGAAAGAAGUAAGACGAAGCUCGAUAGACUUAUUGGACAAGGUAAGAUUUUUUUUCCUGCAGUUUGGAUGAGAUCAGAAGCUACUUAUUGAAAAUUGCAUCAAAAUGUGAACUGCAAGAAGGCUAAAAAAUCCGGUGCAUUACUGCUUUCUUCCGUAUUUGUCAGGCAUCUUACUAGUGAGUGGGGAUGUAACAGUCUUGUGUAACUGGUGUUCUUGCUUCAUACUGAAGCCGAUUUUACUUUUACUUGACUGGUGGUUAGUUCUGUCGCUUCUGAUCUUCCCCAAUUUCUUAAUUAUUCGAUGAUAGUGAUAUAAGGUCAUACAUCUGUUUUGUUGUGAAAUUACAUCCUUUUUGUGCCUCAGUACCGAACUGCUGCUUGAGUGAUCUCUACGCUGAUCCUUAGCUGGAUUUUAUUCAGUCGAAUUCAGUCUCAUGCAAGCUCAAUUUCUCGACUUCCCUUGUAAAUAAUAUAACCAGGGACGAAUUGUUCAAAGCUGGAUUAAGAUAACCAGGAGUUAGUGUGAGAUUUGAAUUAAGAAUUUAAAAGAUUAAAAGGCUUUUCAGUUUUAAUUCUUUUUGUGUACAAGUUGAUGAUGAUUGGAAGCUCUUAAAAUAACAGAGAAAAUUAUCCGAGAAAAUAAAUUGAACACAAGAAAAGGAAACCAGUUAAGCGCUAAUCAGCCUUCCUUGGAAGUUCCAUUAAGAAUAGUUAGGUAUUUACUUAUUGUUUGUUUGUUUCUUUUCUUCUGCCAGGGGAAUUUGCUGAUGUCUAUAAAGGAACACUUCAAACUCCGAAAGGGAAAGAAAUCGUGGCAAUCAAAGUUUUGAGAGUGAAUAUAAUAUUUGGCGCCUAUUACUUUCUUGCAAGGCCUUUCCAUUCUCGAAUUUUUAAUUCUUUAGAAGUACUAAAGGGUUUUUUUUCCUCCUUUAGCCCGGUUCAAAUGAAAAGAACCAGAAAGAUUUCCUGUCAGAAGCGUCUAUCAUGGGCCAGUUUAAUCAUCCAAAUGUGAUUGCGCUGAAGGGAGUUGUUACACAAAGUAGGUCUGCAGUGAUUUUCCAAGCAACAGUUAAUGAUUUUGAGGAGCACUGGACAUUUAUGGCAAAGCCAAGAAAUUUUAAGUCAUUUCUUUCUAUGAGUCGUUUUCGUGGCAGGUGCCUCAGGGCCACCGCAACUCCCCACCCUCUGCUGUACUUUUGGUAUAAUGUUAUUCUGCUACACCUUAACCUAUUAACCCUUUAAGCCUAAUAUUCCCAUAAAAUUAUUCUCUACAAUGAUCUCCAUAGAUUCCUUAAAGAAUGGUUGAGAGAAAUCAAUAAAAGGUCAAAGCAUUCUCUAUAUGGUGAUUAUUUUGCUGAUUCUCAUAACGUUUCUUUUGGUUAUGUGUUGAUAUUAUUUGGAGAAAAUUGAUGUUACCCACUCUUAGGAGUUCAAAGGUUAACAUUGUGACACGCUUCUCCCAGUCUUACUGAGAUGCUGCGUGUGAGGAAUUUUGCAAGGUCAACUCUCGACCUUAAUUGUUUGCAAAUUAUAGCUUGGGCACACGACCUUUUCUUUCUUUUUUUUUUUUUUAAAGGUGCUAUUGUGCAAGUAAUGAAGGAUAUGCUCCAUUCGCUAGACAAAAACAACAACAACAACAACAACCAUCUAAGAGCGUAUAAUAAUGCUAACAACCACAAGCAGUUAACCUCUUUAAGAUGCUUCCUACAUUCUUAAUUACACAAUGCAUCUCUCUCAUUUUAGGUAGACCAAUGAUGAUACUAACAGAGUUUCUCGAGAGUGGUUCAUUGGAUAAUUUUUUAAAAGUACGUUUUAUGACUAGUAUGUUCAUAAUUUUCAUGGAAUGACGUUAACUCUCAAGGACACCGCAUUUUUAAAGCUGCGUUAUAGCGAAGCCGAAACUUGUUUGUCUGUAUUUAGUAACUUUAUUUAUUCAUUUAUUUCUGAUUAUCAAAUGUUUUAACUUCUUCCUGUGACUUUACGUUUUGCGGUUUUUACUCAAGCCAUAAGUGUCUUUCGAUUUUGUUUAGUUAUCAGAUUUUCUGCAAAUUGUUACAGACUAGUAUUGCAGUUAUUAAAUAUGUUGCAUCUUUAUUUGUCCAUAGGGUCGCAAUGGCCAAAUUUCCGCUAUUCAGUACAACCCUUACCGAUCUCCGCACCGUAAUGGAAUGGUCUAUCUUUCAGAGAUGAACUUUAUUCACCGGGUAGGCAAACUAACGCAAAUCCUUUACAUGUGGAAACUAUUCCUGAGGGAUAGAAGAAGGGCCAAUUAUUAGAAAACCAGCUGAAUGACGGAUGAAGGGACAUCCCUGCUCUGUUAUUUGAUCUACAUAAAGAUGGCCGGGUCUCAACGUUAGGCUUGUCAGCAAAAUGGAAAUGGAAUAAGGUUAAGCGUUGCGUCAUCUUCCUCAGUUACUUCAAAACCUUGGAAAUUGGACUCGCGUCAGGGCAGAGAGCCCCCGGCAUCCCACCCUGCAGACCAGCGCUAUACCUUCAGAGAAAACCCUGCCAUGGUUGCUAAAUUGCAAAACGACUGGAAAGCAGUCGUAUAGACCACAUUUCUCUUUCGCCAAGACCAUUCCCUCCCCUGAUUUUUUUUCUUCUUCAGACCAAACCAUAAUAAAUGAUGAGUUCUCUUCUUAACUUUUGUGUUAUAAAGCAGCUAUAGUUACAUAUUUUCACCCACUUGUCUUUCGUACUGAUUUCUUUUACACCAGGACCUCGCCGCUCGUAACAUUCUUGUUGGUGAGAACAUGUCUUGUAAAGUAUCCGAUUUUGGCCUUUCAAGGGAACUGGCUGAUGACAAACCUGAUUCAGAAUAUGAGACACAGGUAAAACAAUUUGAUCUUUGUUUCGUGUUUUGCGGACUUUAGUAACCUUCUGAUUCUUUGCUGGACCUUUAACAUUUUCACUCCCAGAGUACAUUUCGUAAGAAAGUGGUUCUCACCUUUUAGUUUCUAAAUAAAAUCCAGUGGUAUUAUAUUUUAAAUGAAUUUUCUUUUCAUGUAGUUUAACAUGGUACAAUUUGUUUUUCGGCAUUUAACAAAAUGAAUUUUGGAGGUAUCGAAUUCGAAGCUUAUUUGUAAAUUGCCAUAAAAUGACUGUGCGGCUUCCAUUUCUUUUAGGGAGGCAAAAUUCCAGUGCGCUGGACCGCACCGGAAGCUCUUCAGCACCGGAAGUUCAGCUCAGCAAGUGAUGUGUGGAGUUAUGGUAUCCUUCUUUGGGAGAUAAUGUCAUUCGCCGAGAGACCAUACUGGGACUGGAACAACUAUGAUGUGAGUGUCAAACGAGAUUAAGGGUUUCACUGAAGAUGGGACAAAUUGAUUGGAUUUCCGUGACAGGAAAACCAAGUCUUUUGAUCUAUCUUCAUGGCAAUAUUUUUGAGAGACAACUGGUUUCAGUUCAACCUCUAAUCCUGUCUGACAAAACCUAUUAUUAUUUUUACUUAUAACCCUUCAGUAUAACCNUUUAGUAACCUUCUGAUUCUUUGCUGGACCUUUAACAUUUUCACUCCCAGAGUACAUUUCGUAAGAAAGUGGUUCUCACCUUUUAGUUUCUAAAUAAAAUCCAGUGGUAUUAUAUUUUAAAUGAAUUUUCUUUUCAUGUAGUUUAACAUGGUACAAUUUGUUUUUCGGCAUUUAACAAAAUGAAUUUUGGAGGUAUCGAAUUCGAAGCUUAUUUGUAAAUUGCCAUAAAAUGACUGUGCGGCUUCCAUUUCUUUUAGGGAGGCAAAAUUCCAGUGCGCUGGACCGCACCGGAAGCUCUUCAGCACCGGAAGUUCAGCUCAGCAAGUGAUGUGUGGAGUUAUGGUAUCCUUCUUUGGGAGAUAAUGUCAUUCGCCGAGAGACCAUACUGGGACUGGAACAACUAUGAUGUGAGUGUCAAACGAGAUUAAGGGUUUCACUGAAGAUGGGACAAAUUGAUUGGAUUUCCGUGACAGGAAAACCAAGUCUUUUGAUCUAUCUUCAUGGCAAUAUUUUUGAGAGACAACUGGUUUCAGUUCAACCUCUAAUCCUGUCUGACAAAACCUAUUAUUAUUUUUACUUAUAACCCUUCAGUAUAACCCCUACAGCUUAUCUAAACGUCUGCCUAAUAAAUAGUCUCCAUACUCUUGUAUGGUGCCGGGGCGCUUGAGUGCUGAAGCAUAAACUUUUUUAAUUAUCUUGGGUUCCAAAGUAAUAUAUAUUUUGUAUUAAUAUAUUAUUAUUAUUAUUAUUAUUAUUAUUAUUAUUAUUAUUAUUAUUAUUAUAACUAUUGUUCUUAUUAUCAUCAUCAUCAUCAUUAUCAUUAUCAUUAUUAUAUUUAUUACUAUUACUAUUAUUGUUUUUUUUUGUUUUUGUUUGUUUGGACUGAAGGUAUGGGCCAUGUUUACUUAGGAUUGUUUUUAUAAUGAAGAAAAUGAUUCUUGUCGUUGACUCUCCUGAUUGGUGAUAUUACUGCAAUAAACCAACAGUGUUUGCCUUAUUUACAAGAAUUUUUUUUUUCUUUUUUUUAAUUGGAGAAAUGCCAUCUUUCCUAUCCCUGUGGAGAAAAAAAAAUAAAACCCAUCCGAACUUUUUUGGUUUUCUUUUUCUUUCACAAAGGUGAUUGGCCGAGUGGAAACGGGAUAUCGCCUUCCACCUCCCACGGUAAGUUUAGUUGGGGUUGUUGUUGCUCAGUUAUGUUUUGCUCAGUUUUACCGGACAUCAUGGAAAUAUCAAUUGACAGGCGAAUAUUUGUUUACGUUUUGUGCCUUAUUAGCAUAUGCCAUUUCUUCUCUGAUCGAAGUAUGAAGUAAACUCUCUGAAAAUCGAAAGAGCAUAACAAUUUCAGUUAUCUGUGAAAAUCUGAGGCCGAUAUACCGAAUAGUUUCGCUUUUGCCACCCAGCAAUUUUGCAGUUUUUGAUGGCAGCUGUUUUAUAAUGAUAAUAAUAAUAAUAUUAUUAUUAUUAUUAUUAUUAUUAUUUGUUAUUUGUUAUUGCUUGCAAAGCAUUGCUCAAAUUUCUCAAAUAAAUCAACUCUUUCAACUUUUGAAUAUAUAUUUUUUGUGCAUACGGCGACACCUUUUAUGGGUCCGCUCAUAUGCUAAUGGGCAAAACAAUGACGUCAGCAAAGAGUCGUCUAUUCGUUCGUGACUGGAAACCUUUAGUUCCCACCAAAAAGGUAAAAGCAUGAUUGCUCCCAGCAAAAGUUGUCGGAAGCAAUUGCCAACUUAAAUGUUCUGCCAAACAAAGUAAUCAUAACCACUGUUUGAACGUAACAAUAUUCCGAAUAAAAUCUGCUAACACUGAGAAGGAGAAUGCCGAUCGACGCACAAUCAUAUUCAUAGUCUUUAUUCGUCAUUUCAGGGGCACCCAAAUAGAAUAUAGUUCAAAACCACUUAAACAUAGCAUUGUUAAACGUAUUUUAGUAUUUAAACGGUGGAUAUGGGCAUAUUUUUAUCCCCUAUCAAUUUUUCAUCUGUUCGGAUUUCCUAGCUGAAAGUCUAGUGAUCCGAAAAUUAUAGGGAUCAAAACUUACCUGUUCGAAAAUUUCAACCAGAAAAAAGGCUCCCGAAAAUUCUAGGUGACCUUUUAAGGGUAAAAAUCCGUUGAAAAUGGGCAAUUUUACCAUUUCUUAGAUGUUGAAAAUCCUAGGAGAGGCAGGCAAGCAAGAAAUUUUACAACAGAUGUUCCGAAAAUUCUAGAUCUCAAAUCGUCUUCCGAACAGAUAUUCUUCCGACAAUUGUCGUUGGGUGCCCCUGUCAUUUUUGUUUUGUUUUGUUUUUUUCGUGUUAUUAAAUCGCUACUCAAUCCACAAGUGAACUGAAUCAAUCCAGUGCAUGGUGAAUAUUAAUAUUAGAAUUGAGACAGAUCAAUCCUAAUCAUUUGAAUAACUCAAAUUUUUCAUAGCGGUUCGAGUUAGUCGUGGUUUUAUAUUGCUUCAAUAUAUAAGAGCCUUAAAAUUUUGGAAUUGUUUUUAGAAUAUAUACAUAACUGUGAUAUUGGAAUUGGCAUGAUGAAUUUUCAAUAGUGAUUGUUAUAUUGCUACAAUAUAAUUGUAAGGAAUUUAAAGAUAUUAACCAGAGUACACAAGCAUGUAAUGCUCGGAAAAAAUUCGAGUUCCCCAGCAAGAAUCGAUGCAAAGUUCCUUGACUAACCGCAGGCCUAUGCCCUAUGAUAUAGUCUCUCGCCCAUAGUUCAGUGCAUGGUUAGAGCGUCCAACCGGUGAUUUAAAGGUCGUGUAUUGGAUUCUUUUGCCUAGUCUAAUUCCAGCAACAACUACAAAAUAACAAUAACUUAAAAUGAUAUAUCUUGUUUUCUAGUUGUAGAUUUCUUUUUCGUAUUUUGUUGUUGUUGUUGUUGCUUAGGGUUGUCCAAAAGUUGUCCACGGAUUAAUGCUGGAAUGUUGGGAAGCCGACAAGAACAAGAGACCCAAAUUUGCAGAAAUUGUCCGUCGCUUGGAUGAAUUAUUCCGUUUCCCUGAAGUUUUAAAUGAUGACUUAUUGGCCGUGAAAGCAACGUAAGUUGUUUCUUGAAACAAGUAGUUAAAAAUAAUGUAUGUUAUUGAAUUUUUUGAAAGUAAAUUGCAGUAUUCAAAAUGUAAAGCUAGACAUAUAAAGUGUUACACAAUUGGCCAGCAUCUAUGCAAGAUUAUUAGUAAGAACCAUAGAAGGCUUUUACACAGGACUGCUUUGAGACAACAAUGUGACCGUUGUUUUAUAGAGUUAGGACUGGGACGUUAUCCGUAACCAAGGCACAUAAAAAGUAGUUCCACAACUUAUAAACCAUGGAGAUUAACCAGAAAAGUAAUUGAAGCCUAUGUACUGUUUUCUUUCAGGUCAGAAAAACCUGAUGUUCCACAGUUCCGGUCUGUUCACGAGUGGCUGAAAUUCAUCAACAUGGACAAGUAUUCAGAAGUUUUCAAAGCUGCAAAUAUCAAGAGCCUCCAAAAAGUUAUUCGGCUGGAUGAUACGAAAUUAAAAGGCAUGGGAAUUACCCUAAUUGGACAUAGGAAUAAGAUGCUCAAGAGCAUAAGAUCCAUGAAAUCACAAUUUGUUAACAGGGCACUGGACGACGAUGAAGCUGCAAUAUAG